AUGACACGUGGAUGGCCGGUUUUCCACCUGAAUCUUUGGCGCUUUGCGGAAUCCCCAUUAUUUCAACAGAGCGGCUCGCCGUUGAAUAUUCCCGUUAACUGGAUUUCCGGAAAAUGGACGGUUGAGGAGUUCCUCUCGCUCUCGCUUGCGGCUAGCUCCCUUCCCUUCCGUCGCUCCACAGUGUUUUCGAGCUCGAUGGCGGCAAUCACCACCUUCGCGGCCGUCCGUGCCACGUCGAUAUGGAUGACGUCGUCGCCGCGGCGGGAGAGGUCGCCGCAAUUCCCCGCAUUCUCUCCUGCGCCGCGGAAGUCGCUGUUCUCUGGCCUUCUUCUCGUUCCGGCGCCGGUUUCGAGGACGGUGACUACUCUCGCCGUCGAACGAUCUGAUGCGUGGUUCUUUAUCUUGCAGGGGAAUUACGAUGGAAGCCGUACUGAGCAGCAGGCUUCCAUUUUUGAACGGAUUUCGAGUUUUUCAGAACGGCUUCUCAAUUUUGCGGCAUCGAAUUUUCUUCCUCUAGCUCUGAUCACUGCGGUAGCAUGUGGAAUGGUGAAUCCAGCUCCUGGUUGCUAUGCUCACAAGUAUUCUUUGUCUAAGUUUGCUACCUUCGGCAUUUUCUUCAUUGCAGGGAUGAAGUUGAAAGGGGAAGAGAUUGCAGCUGUGGCUGAAGCUUGGCCUGUUGGAUUAUUCGGGCUAGCUUCUAUACUGCUGCUCGGUCCUCUCGUGUCGACGCUAAUUUUACAAAUGCAGCUUGCACCCCAAGAGUUUGCGACAGGCAUGGCUGUCAAUUGA